AGAAACGACAGUGUGGAUUUAAUCAGAAUAUAAUUUACAAUUAACGAUCGUACUGAAACAAACUACAUGCAAAUAAGACUUCCAACCAAAUUCGGUUUGUUUGUUAGUGCGGCGCGUCUGCGUGCAGACGAAUAUAAUCUUAAAAAGUCAGCGAACUUUUAAGAAGCUGGCUAGCGUGCUAACGCUGCUAGCUAACAGCUCCCAGCUAACAGCUCCCAUUGUGUCCGCCACAACCAGAUCACAGAUGUAAAGGAAUCUCAUAAAAUCAAGACUGAAUAAAAGUCAGGGAGAAAAGUUGGAACCGGCCAGCAACAGUGUCAACACGACUGCCUUGAAUCACUCGUUCAUAUCCAUGAUUCUUUAUUUUUGAAAUACAAGUUCACUGAUUGUUUUUUAUAGUCUUACAUUUACUCUUACAUAACUCAUUUGAUGUAAAUUUGGCAGCUAUUGAUUCACUAAUAUAGAGCUUUGAGUAGCAGCACACCUCAGCAACCAGAAACACCACAAUCAACAACACAAUCGACCUACAGUUCCAGUACUGCUCCUCUACAGCCUGAAAUUCAGGGACAAGAACUUUCUGAGCCGUGAGGACAAGGAGAACAUGACUGCUGAGACACUUAACUUCGGUCCAGAAUGGCUCCGUGCACUAUCCAGAGGAGGGAGCGUCACAACCCCUCCUCCUUCCCCCGCAAUGCCAAAGUCCAAGCUGGCCGAGUACCGCUACGGCCGCGAGGAGAUGCUAGCACUUUACGUCAAAGAUGAGCAGGUCCCAGAUGACAUGCAGGACCAGGAGUUUGCUGUCAUCCUGCUGGAGGAGCCUGAGCAGCCCUUGGCCCUGGUACCUUUCACUGAGGAGGAGCAGAGGAACUAUUCCAUGUCUGUGAAUAGCGUGGCCGUGCUGAGGCUGAUGGGUAAAGGGGCCAGUGCCCCUCCGGUGGGCGUGUCCCGAGGCAGAGGGAGCGCUAAAGGAGGGCGAGGCAGAGGAAGAGGAGAGGGCGGGUUCUACCAAAGAGGUGUGGAUGAUGAGGUGGGAUUUGGACGCGGCCGAGAGAUGCACCGCAGCCAAAGCUGGGAUGACAGAGGUGAGCGGCGUUUUGAGAAGCCACCCCGGAGAGAAGGAGGACGUGGUGGGUUUGAGGAUGGAGGGAUGGGAAGAAAGGAUUAUAAUCGCUCAGACAGCGACAACUGGCGCACACUCCGUGAGGAGGAGGAGGAGGAAGAGGGAGGAGAACCAGGUGGCAGCUGGAGGGUGGCCGGGGCUCGGCGCGAUGAUGGUGGUCCACGCUCGGCCGGCUGGAGAGACCACGCAGAUGGACGCCGCCGGAAAUUCGAAUUUGAUUUCCGGGAAGGUGACAUGCCUCGGCGACGGGCAGGAAGUGAGGGAGAAGACGAGAGAGACGGACUGCCAGAGUGGUGCACGGAUGAGGAGGAAGGCGAGAUGGGCACUUUUGAUUCAUCAGGGGCAUUUAUGUGUGUAAAGAAGACAUCAAGAGAUGCGAUCCCUGAGGACCAGGAGCUGGAGUUUGAAGCUCUAGAGGAAGAAGAGGAGAUUUACUUGGAGAUGAAGGAUAGCUCAGCUGAGAAAGUGGAGGAGACUGAGGGUUCAGAAUUAUCUGAAGGAGCAGAGAUCAAAGCCUGCUCUCCUUCGAUGGUCUCAAUGUCUGCACCUAACUAUCCUUCAGAGCAGGACACGCAUCUGCCCCAUGACGCUCUCUACAUGAAGCCGAUCAUCUCGUCCAGUGAAGCAGGGGGCAGCACUCGGCAGAAUCAGAGCUCUCCUCCUGCGUCCUUCUCUCCUCCGGCCUCUGUCUCUGACCUUCCAGUUCCCGGAGGUGACGCAGAGGAGGAGGAUGGCAUGAAGCACAUGCAGCAGGAGGCAGAGAAGCUUGUAGCCUCUCUACAGGACACGUCUCUGGAGGAAGAACGUUUCACACAAACUCUACAUGAUGGUCGCAGUGCUGCCACUCAUUCACACGCUCUUCCUAACACUCACACACACUCCCACCCAAACACACACACCCCGUCUCACUCUGCCAGCGCUCUCCCACUGACUCAUGAGUCCGCCAUGAAGUGGUUUUACAAAGAUCCUCAAGGAGAGAUCCAAGGCCCGUUUACUCCAGUGGAGAUGUGCGAGUGGUUCCAGGCUGGUUACUUCAAUAUGACUCUUCUGGUAAAGAGAGGCUGCGAUGAAGGAUUUCAGCCCCUAGGAGAAGUUAUUAAGAUGUGGGGGCGUGUGCCUUUUUCUCCAGGACCCUCCCCACCUCCUCUAUUGGGCAACAUGGAUCAGGAGCUGUUAAAAAAGCAGCUAGAGCAGGCUCUCUACCAACAGCUCCACAUGAGGUACCAACACCUGAACAGGAGUGGCGAGGUGGGAAUGCCUGCCUUGAACAGGUCUGUGUCAGAAUCGUGGGAUAUGCAUACCUCAACCUCACAGCCUCCAGGUGCCGAGGUCGGUCUGUGGGACUUAACUAUGACUAAUUCACCUCAGGGUCCAACGCUCGAGCAGCUGCAGAAACUCCAGCAGGAGGAACUCAGGGUGAAGCGAGAGGAAGAGGAAAGAAAGAGGCGUGAAGAAAAGAGAAGGCAACAAGAGGAGCAGAAGAGGAGGGAGGAGGAGGAACUAUACAGGCGCAAACGGGAACAGGCCCGUCAGCAGGAGCUUUUAAUGAAGCUAAGCCAGCAGCAGCAACAGGCGGUUCAGGGAGGCGCAGGUUGGAGCUCAGCCCAGGCUGGGUUACACUCUCUGGGUAAAUCUCAGGGAAAGAACCUGAGUCUGCUGGAGCUGGAAGCUGAGAGACUACACAAACAGCAGCAGCAGAGAGUUCUGCAACAACAGAGGAUGGCAGUAGGACAGUGGAGUGAUGGCUCUGUGGGAAUGUGGACGGGAAUAGAGGGUAAGAUCGGCAGUGCCAGCACUGGCAGCAUGGGAAUUUGGGAUGAGGUGGUUAAAAACCAAGCCAACCAUCGCAACAUGGGGAUGAAGACCAGCCACAGUAACCCCUCACUCAGUGAAUACAUGGCGAAUCGUCGGAAGCGGACGGAGGAGGAGGAGCGUCUGCUGAAGCUGUUACAGGGAAUGAAACCUCAACAGGACGGGUUUACCACGUGGUGUGAGCAAAUGCUGCACGCUCUCAACUCUUCUGUCAACAACUCUUCCUCAUCACUGGAUGUGGCAACCAUCGUGGUGUAUCUGAAGGAGGUGGAGUCGCCUUACGAGGUUCACGACUUCAUCCGCCUUUACUUGGGGGACACAGUCGAAGCCAAAGAGUUUGCCAAGCAGUUCCUGGAGCGCCGUGCCAAGCAAAAAGCCAACCAGCAGAGACAGCAGCAGCAGCUGUGUAAGGAGAUGGCAGGGCUGAAUAUGAACUUCCCCUUGCAGGUAAGUGCUCCCUGUUUUCGUCAUUUGACCUGUAAACAGCUUAAAAGUAUUAAGAUUUGUUUUAAAAGAAGGGAUUUGUUUUGUUGUUUUCAGUCUAUGUUUCAGACGGGCCACAUGAAUAAAGGUGGCAGCAUGUAUGACAACCAGGGAGGAAAGAUGAAGAAGAAACCCAGCAUGAUGCUCCACACUGAUCCUAGCAUCCUCGGUUACUCAUUUCUGGGUUCAAGCGAGCGGAUGAUGCUGGGAGAGAUGGAGACAGUGGAGGAUUACUGAUCCAGCAGAACAGUACUUGAGUCUACCAGAGGCCUUAAACCUGGAGCAAGCAAGCAGAUGAAUGUUCACUGCUUUUCCUCUCUCACAAUCUUCCUCCAUGUCUCUCGGCCAGUAGAGAGUGGAUGGAGGGACGUGUGCAGAGGGAGCUCUCACACCUCUUUUAUUAAGCACCUUAAAUAAGCUAUUGCACUUUA